CGAAAAUGUUCUGUGCGCUCAGCGUCACGCUAAUCUAUUUACGCGCCAGAUUCACGGCCCUCCUCCCCGGUGACGUGCGUCCCCUUGUUCACCCAUCAGUUGCAUUGUGUCCAACGCACAUCAUCGCAAAGGCAUUCGCCUUCUUUCCGGCAUCUCUUGCGUGCGUUAGUAUCGCCACGGUGGGGGUGCGCUACCGAUAAUUGACUCCACUUAUCGCAUAUCGGAAACCGACGACCAAUGAUGUUCAUUAAGAUACCGAGAUGGAAACAUUGGCGUAACAUUUCGGCCCCAAAACAUGGCGUCGCGCUUUCGGGGGUGAAAAGCGCGACGCUAAACAUAUAAAUAUACCCCUACUGUUCGGUGGCACGGGAAGAUUGUUUCAUUUUUGCAAUUUGCAAGCAUCGAACCACCCCGAACGGAACGGAACCGACUGAGUGGGAGUCAUGAUGAAUGCACUUGGCCUAGCUCUCAGCGCAGGGCUCCUGCUGAACGCGGUCUCAGCGCGCUUCAUAUCGGACAACAUCUGUUUGGCGAUGCCGAACGGUCAAAAGCUGCCCAUCACCGACGAUUGCUCCUCGUACAUUGUCUGUGAGUACAACGUGCAGAAAAUCCAGCGCUGUACCGCCGGCACACUGUUCGAUCCGGUCGCCAUGGUGUGCAACUGGGCCAGCUUCGUCAAGUGUGGCCAAACGCCAUCCCUACCGCCGGUUUAUGUGCCACAGGUUCCGACUGCUCCUACCGCUCCGACUCAAGCACCGUGGAUUCCACCGGUAACGGUGAGUCCGAUACAAACCAUCCCAACCGCACCAACGCCUUGGCCAACAGCCGGUACAACGAAACCGAGCCCACCACCCAUACAAAUACCGACUGCACCGACACCUCGACCUACGGCCCCUCCUCCGGCGGUGAUGACCACAGUGCCUACGAUCCGUCCAACGACCACUACAACGACAAAGCGUCCCACCACACCACCAGCGUUCAGUACACCGAACAAAAACCCUUAUCCAUACUGUACCGCCGAUGAGUUCAGUUUUAUCGGUCAUCCAACGUCGUGUGAAAGUUAUUACAUAUGCGCUUAUGGUAAGCUGAUUCUGCACAGCUGUGGCAAUGGUGUGUACUGGAACACGGCCACCAACCAGUGUGAUUUCCCGCAAAACACCGACUGUACGAACUUACCGAAUCCGGCCGCACCGGAAACAUCGACACCGUCCAUUGAGACGACGACCGUUGCCAGCAUUCCAGAUUGCUUGGGAAGCGACAUUUUCCAUCCGAACUAUUCCGAUUGUGGCAAGUACUUUAUCUGCAUCGGUCUGCAUCCGAUUCUGAUGAGCUGCCCGAGCAGCUACCUGUGGAACGAUAAGCUGUCGCAGUGUGAUCUACCGGCGAAUACGGUGUGCGCCCGGAAACCAUAAUAAGCGGCCGGCGUAUGUCCCGACUGAGUCCAGCAUCAGCUGGAAGCUUGGUAUUGUGCAGAU